GCUUGACGGUGAAGGGGGGCUGCCUGAGACCUCGGAACAGCCUACCAGGCGCGGUCACGUCCAGUUCGUUUCCAGAGGCCUAGAAAGGGCUGACAGUGGCUCAAGGCCACCCAGUCCGAACCCUGGUUCUUCCACCCUCGCGCAGAGGGCGGCCUGAGAACCUCGAGACCGAGAUCCAAGCAGAGACCUUUCAGUCCGGGGCAGACAGUGCAGGUCGGAGACGCCUGGGCUGCAGAGAAUGAAAGCUGACCCCGCGGAUGCGCACUUCCCAGGCCGGCUGCGGGCGCCAGCGCUCGACCAGGAGCCACCCUCAGCCCAGAAACCCCUCGCGUACCGCGCAAGCUUCUUGGUCGCCAUUCCCGGCACUCCUGACUCCUCCGUGCCCAACUGCCGGAAGUCGUUAAACCACCACUUCCGGUCCGUUCAAACGCCUGGCGCGUCCGAGAAGGCUGCGGCGGCGGCGGCUUUGGCUGCGACUGAGGCGGUUGGCGGCGGCUGCGGCUUCGGCUGUGUGCCCGGCUUCUCUUCGGUGUUUUCGGGGCUCGGGGGCGCGGGGAGUGAUUUUUUGCAGGGAAGUCGUCUUGGCAGCAACUUUUUCCCUCUUUUUCAACGGGCGGAGGCGCGUUUGCGCCGUUGGGGAACCGUUUCGAAUCCGGCCUCAGCGCGGACGGUAAAACCGUUGGUGUCGGUGCGGUUUUCUCCGCCGCGGCGCAGGGAGGAUAGUGAGCGCUCUCGCUUCUCCGGGAGGGCUGGGAGAGCUCCGUGCACUGAAUUUAGGCGAGGAUCUGAGGAAGGCUGUAGGCUGUCGAAGCCCCGCCUGCUCACCCGUCCGGAGGCGGCGUUUCCUCAGCUCUCGCGGGUCUCGCUGGUCUUUCUCCACAGCCGCAUGGAUCCCGAGAGGGAGAGGAGCGGGGGGCACCCCAAGAAGGGCAGGAAGAGGAGGAGGGCCCCGAACAUGCUGCUCGAGGCGGCUGAGGCGAUGAGAGCCCGUCGGGAUCUGGAGGAGAGGCAGCCCGAGGCCAAGAAAGCCCGCUUAUCUACCAUUUUAUUUGCUGAAAACUGUGAAGUAACCCACGACCAGUUAUGUGAAUUGCUGAAGUAUGCAGUUCUGGGCAAAUCCAGUGUUCCUAAACCCAGCUGGUGCCAGCUUUUUCACCAAAACCACCUGAACAACGUGGUGGUUUUUGUACUGCAGGGAAUGAGCCAGCUACACUUUUACAGGUUCUACUUGGAGUUUGGAUUUCUCCGAAAGGCAUUCAGACAUAAAUUCCGCUUGCCACCACCAUCAUCUAAUUUUCUAGCUGAUAUCAUUGGACUGCAAAAGAAGCAAACAACAGGAGAUCUAUCCAAGAUGGUGGGAGGGUCUUUACCUUCUGCCAGUUCAAAAGUCAGCGUCAACCUGCAGAAUGACCCUGUUAUUCAAAAGUAUGGCUCUAAGAAAGUGGGCUUAACCAGAUGCCUUCUCACAAAGGAGGAAAUGAAAACAUUUCACUUUCCAUUACAAGGUUUUCCUGACUGUGAAAACUUUGUACCUACCAAAUGUAAUGGUUCUGUGACAGACAGCAGUCCUCUCUUUGGACUUGACUGUGAAAUGUGCCUCACAUCCAAGGGGAGAGAGCUAACCCGCAUCUCACUGGUUGCUGAAGGAGGCUGCUGUGUAAUGGAUGAACUUGUUAAACCUGACAACAAGAUUCUGGACUACCUCACCAGCUUUUCGGGAAUCACAAAGAAGAUUCUUAAUCCAGUGACCACCAAACUCAAAGAUGUACAGAGACAUUUAAAAGCACUGCUUCCUCCUGAUGCUGUGUUAGUGGGCCAUUCCUUAGACUUGGAUCUCAGAGCACUGAAAAUGAUACAUCCAUAUGUUAUUGAUACAUCAUUGCUUUAUGUCAGAGAGCAGGGCAGAAGAUUUAAGCUAAAGUUCUUAGCCAAAGCUGUUUUGGGGAAGGAUAUACAGUGUCCAGAUAGGCUUGGUCAUGAUGCCACAGAAGAUGCUAGAACAACCCUUGAAUUGGCCCGGUAUUUCCUUAAGUAUGGCCCAAGGAAGAUUGCAGAACUAAAUCUGGAAGCACUAGCUAGUCACCAAGAAUUGCUAGCAACAGGCCAAGAGCUGAGAAAUACAGCAGAAAUAGUUUAUCAGCCAAAUACAAGUGUUUUGGAGUGCUUGGACUUAAUGGGUCAGAAGCUCCUUUUCUUGACCCGGGAAGCAGAAACUAGUGAACUUUGUUCUGCCAGAAACUGUCAGACUAUUAAGUGCCUUUCAAAUAAAGAGGUUCUUGAGCAGGCCCGAGUGGAAAUUCCCCUAUUUCCCUUCAGCAUUGUCCAGUUCUCUUUUGAACCCUUUUCACCCAACCUCACUGAGGAAAUGAACAAGAGGAUGAGGAUCAAGUGGACAGAGAUGUCGACUGUUUAUGCUGGGCCAUUUAGCAAAAAUUGCAACCUCAGGGCUCUGAAAAGGCUGUUUAAGAGCUUUGGCCCAGUCCGGUCCAUGACUCUUGUUCUUGAAACCCAUCAGCCACAUCUCUGUAUACAAUAUGAAGUCCUGGAAGCUGCCCAGCUGGCCAUAGAAUCCUUGGAUGGCAUUCUGGUAGAAGGUGCCUGCAUCAAGGUGCAGAGGCCUGUGACAGAGCUCACCCUUGAUUCUAACACUCUUGUGAAUGAGCUAGAACAAGAUUCUGAGAACCGAGGUACAAUAUACCUGUCUGGAGUGAGCGAAACCUUCAAAGAACACUUACUGCAACAGUCCAACCUCUUCCUUGGCUUGGAAGCGGUCAUCCUGCCUAAAGAUCUUAAAAGUGGAAAGCAAAAAAGAUACUGUUUCCUGAAAUUCAAAACUUUUGGCAGUGCCCAGAGGGCCCUCGACAUUCUCAAAGGCAAGGACUGGAAGCUGAAAGGCCGACAUGCCCUAACCCCCAGGCAUCUCCAUGCUUGGCUCAGGGGCUUGCCUCCUGAAUCAAGAAGGCCCCCAGGGGUUCGUGUCAUACCUCCCCCCUCUGAGCAGCAGGCCUUACAGGCUCUGAAGAUGGACCACCCAAAGAUAGCAGCCUGGCGCUGGGGCCGGAAGAUAGGGAAGCUCUACCACAGCCUGGGCCCAGGCACACUCUGCCUCAUCUUGCUGCCAGGAACCAAGAGCACUCACGGAUCAUUCUCUGGCCUAGGACUGAUGGGAAUAAAAGAUGAAGAAGAAAGCACCAUGCCAAACAUGUGUUCAUGAGUCUGCCCAUCAUUUUCCAUGUGCCAUUAGCCCUCACGGGCAGUGGCAGAGAAUGUGGUCAGGCUGCAGCCUCUCUAUCCAGCACACAGCUUUUGUGGAAAUGGUGUACCACUUAAGAAGUUCGGUCCAUUUAUAUGGCAUGUAUAAAUUUUCAAUAAAUGCCUAAAAUUUGAGCAUUCUCAUCUUAAGACAGGGUGAGAAGGAAACCA